AUGGUAGCUCCAAAAGAAAGACUUGGUUUCAACACCUUGAAAACAACCAAGCGCUUUCAGAAUCCUCCAAAGGAUGAAACCGCUUUCCCGCUUUUAGCAGAAGCCAUCUAUCCUCACAUUCAUUCAUUCAAUGCCUUGACUGAAGGCCCAGGCGGAGGCCUUUUGAACUUGGCUGUCAAGGAUAUUGGCAAAAAGACUGUUUACGACAGCACAGAACAUAGAUCAGCUAAUAAGUUGAAAAUAUGGAUUGAUUCCGUACAAUUAAUGAAACCGGCAGUCGGCUCUUUUGACAAAACUUCUCUUGAUAGAAAAACAUACCCAGCAGAAUGCAGAGAAAGAAUGAGCAGUUAUAGAGGGAAAUUAAUGUUGAAAGUCUGCUGGUCUGUCAAUGAUGGCCCUGAAAUGUCUGAAGUUCGUGAUGCUGGAUAUUUGCCAAUUAUGUUGAAAUCCAACAGAUGUCAUCUCCAAACUAUGUCACCAGAAGAAUUGGUCAAGUGUAGAGAAGAAUCAGACGAAUUGGGUGGUUAUUUCGUGGUUAAUGGUUUAGAAAAAUUAGUCAGAAUGUUGAUUGUCCAAAGAAGAAAUCAUCCAAUGGCCAUCGUUAGACCAUCUUUUGAAAACAGAGGACAUGCUUACACAAAAUAUGGUAUUCAAAUCAGAUGUGUUAGACCAGAUCAAACUUCUCAAACUAAUGUUGUUCACUAUUUGAAGGACGGUAACCUUACCUUUAGAUUCUCUUGGAGAAAGAAUGAAUAUUUAGUUCCAGUUAUGAUGAUUAUGAAGGCUUUGGCAGAGACUAAUGACCGUGAGAUUUUUGAUGGAAUUGUUGGUUCUGAUUCUUCUGAUUCUUUCUUGACCGAUCGUUUAGAAUUGUUGCUUAGAAGUUACAAGUCCUAUGGUUUGCAUUCUCAACAAGAAACUUUGGCUUAUCUUGGUGAUAAAUUCAGAGUCGUAUUUGGUGUCGCUGAUGAUAUGUCUGAUGUUGAGGUUGGUAAAGAAGUCCUUAGAAGAAUUGUUUUGGUACACUUGGACUCUAAUGAGGAUAAAUUCAGAAUGUUACUUUUUAUGAUCAGAAAAUUAUACACUUUGGUGGCUAACGAUUGCUGUGCCGAUAAUCCAGAUAGUUCUCAACAUCAAGAAAUCUUAUUGGGUGGAUUUUUGUACGGUAUGAUCUUGAAGGAAAAAAUGGAUGAAUAUCUUGCAAGUAUUACUCAGCAAGUUAACACAGACAUUGAUAGAGGUACUGGUAUCAACUUCAGUGAACGUAAGUAUAUGACAAGAUUGUUUUCUAAAGUGAAUGAAAAUAUUGGUCAAAAAUUGCAAUAUUUCUUGAGUACCGGUAAUUUAGUGUCUCAAUCUGGUUUGGAUUUGCAACAAGUCUCGGGUUAUACUGUCGUUGCUGAUAAGAUUAAUUUCUACAGAUUCUUGUCUCAAUUCAGAAUGGUUCACAGAGGUUCUUUCUUUGCCCAAUUGAAAACCACCACAGUUCGUAAGUUGUUGCCAGAAUCUUGGGGGUUCUUGUGUCCUGUCCAUACACCGGAUGGUUCCCCUUGUGGUUUGUUAAACCAUUUGUCACAUAAAUGUAAAGUGGCAACCGAAGAUUCCGAUGUUUCAAAGGUUGGGGAAGCCUUGAGUUUGUUGGGUAUUGUACCAAAGCACGGUUUUGCUGCUGGUCCAAAUGUUUGUUGUGUCCAAUUGGAUGGUAAAGUUGUUGGCUGGUGUACUCAUGAACAAGGUAGAAUUGUUGCUGAUACCUUGAGAUAUUGGAAAGUGGAAAGAACUCAUGGUUUACCACUUGAUUUGGAAAUUGGUUACGUUCCUCCUUCUACUAAAGGUCAAUACCCUGGUUUGUAUUUGUUUGGGGGUAGAGCUAGAAUGAUGAGACCAGUUAAAUACUUGCCACUUGCCAAGGAGGACAUCGUUGGUCCAUUUGAACAAGUUUAUCUUAAUGUUGCUGUUAGACCAUCUGAAAUUGAAUCGAACAUCCAUAGCCAUGUGGAAUUUUCUCCAACUAAUAUUUUGUCAAUCUUGGCCAACCUUACUCCAUUUUCUGAUUUCAACCAAUCUCCACGUAAUAUGUACCAAUGUCAGAUGGGUAAGCAAACUAUGGGGACUCCUGGUGUCGCCUUGGCUCACAGAUCUGACAACAAGUUGUAUAGAUUGCAAACUGGUCAAACUCCAAUUGUUAAGGCCAAAUUGUACGAUCAAUACGGCAUGGACAAUUUCCCUAACGGUACUAAUGCCGUUGUUGCCGUUAUCUCUUACACCGGUUAUGAUAUGGAUGAUGCGAUGAUUAUCAACAAAUCUGCCGACGAAAGAGGUUUUGGUUAUGGUAUGGUUUACAAGGUUGAAAAAAUCGAUUUGGGUAUGAAUAGAAGACGUGGUGAUCCAAUUACCCAACACUUUGGUUUCGGUAGUGAUGAAUGGCCAGAAGAAUGGAAGGGUAAAUUGGAUGCCGAUGGGCUUCCAAUGAUUGGUACCAAGGUUGAAGAAGGUGAUCCAAUUGUUGCCUACUUUGAUGACACCGUUGGUAAAACUAAAAUCAAGACCUACCACUCUUCUGAACCUGGUUACAUUGAAGAAGUUAAGUUACUCGGCGACAACAAUGAUGAAGAGUUACAAAUGCUUACGAUAAAGUAUAGAAUUAUCCGUGACACUCAAAUUGGUGACAAGUAUUCUUCUAGACACGGUCAAAAGGGUGUUUGUUCUAGAAAAUGGCCUACUGUGGAUAUGCCAUUUAGUGAAACUGGUAUUCAACCAGAUGUCAUAAUUAACCCUCAUGCUUUCCCUUCGCGUAUGACAAUCGGUAUGUUUGUCGAAUCUUUGGCCGGGAAGGCUGGUGCUUUGCACGGUAUUGCUCAAGAUUCUACCCCAUGGCAAUUCUCUGAAGAUGACACCCCAGCUGAUUUCUUUGGUGAACAAUUAUUGAAGGCUGGUUACAACUACCACGGUAACGAACCAAUGUAUUCCGGGGCCACCGGUGAAGAAUUGAGAGCUGAUAUCUAUAUGGGGGUUGUUUACUACCAAAGAUUGCGUCAUAUGGUCAAUGAUAAGUUCCAAGUUCGUUCGACUGGUCCAGUUAACAGUUUGACUAUGCAACCUGUUAAGGGCCGUAAGAGAUCUGGUGGUAUUCGUGUCGGUGAAAUGGAGCGUGAUGCCUUGAUUGGUCACGGAUCCGCUUUCUUGUUACAAGAUAGAUUGUUGAAUUGCUCUGAUUACACUCAAACCUCUAUUUGCAGAUCCUGUGGUUCUUUGUUGAAUCCUCAAACCUCUGUUCCAAGAAUUGGUCAAAAAUCCUCGAUCCGUUGCCGUAGUUGUGCCACUAAGAUUGAGAGUGAAACUUUAUUGAAGGAUGUUGAUGAAUCGGAAAUUUGGGAAGAUGGCCAAAGCAAUAGAUUUAUUGGUGGUGCUGAUACAACUACUAUUGGUAUUCCAUUUGUUUUGAAAUACCUCGACUCUGAGUUAGCUGCUAUGGGUAUCAGAAUGCGUUACAACGUUUCUCCAAAAUAA